AUCCCGAGCCUGACUUCUGCUCUGCGCGCCCGAUUCCUCUCUUCCCAGAUCUCCCCUCUGCUUGACGCGCUCUCUCUCACGGACGACUCGAAGACGACGGAACGGAGCUUCGACCUUCGGCGAUCGACAGUGUCACUUGAGGAGGAAGUCGCCGGAUCUCGACGAUACCGGCGAAGUCCAAGCCAUCUUUAGUAAUCGAUACCUAGGGCACGACUGAUCGCCUGCUUCUCGCCGGACCUUUUCUUCUUUCCCCGGCACCGCCGGUGUAGAUUUAUUCCCGGAGCCUCAAGGAUGAGCUAUCUUGUUCUUCUUUGAUUUCCCGCAAACCUCAGCGCCGAACCUUUCCUCGAUUCCUCCUCUUCCUCUUGUGGCGCUGUGCCCUAGCCGGAUCUUGGAGGUAAGGCAUCGUACUCUGUGGGUUGUUGAGAUGUUGUGUGACCGAUUCUUCUUUUCCCUUGCUCACCAGAGACGUUUGAUUGUUGAGGUAAUCUGGUGGGGGAGUCUUCUUCUGGCAGCAACCAUCUAUGGUUGAGGAUCAGCAGAAAGUGAACUGUUGAUUGCCUCUAAACCUUACGUGAGAAAGAUUCCAGCAGGGAAGUUUAGUUCUGUGGUGUUAUUUGGUCCCAUCAGCUACUCUUUCAUGGCAGUAACGAUUCUGGAUUGGGGAUCAACAGAAGGGGCUGAGCUUGAGUUAAGAUUGGGAGGCCAGGGUAUAGGGUCUCAAAGCAAUUUGAUCCAGAGACAAAACAACGGUCUCUUCUAUUUCAGUUCACACAAAAGGAGUAUUCUCGAGAAGAAAUUGAUGAGGUGCGAUCGGAGUUGGCAGAAUGUAUACAAGAUCAUAUUUAUGAGUAGAUGCGUUCAAGUUUAUGUAAGUUCAUUAUCUUUAGCAAGAAGCAACUUCUUGCUUCUUUGGAAUCCAUUAUCAGCUAUGCUUGUUAGUUUUUUCCUGCACUCUCAUAUUUUCAAUGGAUUGGCCAUGGACAUUGUAUCUCUUAGUUAUGUUUCGUGGAAGGUUUCUGACAAAUUGAAUUUCCAGAUACAAUAGCUUUUAUCUCUCAGAUUAUUGCAGCUUAGAUACAGGAAUACCUGUCCAUUUGCUGACUAUUUCUGCUG